AUGGAUGUACCGCCUGGAUUCCUGCAAUCGACUUCGUACGACAUGAAGGGCAUAGUGUCGGGUAACCGCAUGGCUGCGGUGCCCCUGGGUACCUCCCUGGGGGAGGGCGAGCUGGACAUCGAGGGGGUCUGCACCGGCCCCGGGAUGACUUGUCAGAACUGCACCCAUGCCGUCACUUGCAUACCAUUGCCGGGAGGAUGGCUCAAGGUCCCUCUUCAGCAGUGUACUGAGGGACAGACUUGCAACGCGCAUUUGAAGCAGUGCUCCACAGAGGCGGUGCCAGAGUGCGAUGCUGAAACUCAACAAUAUCGACACGUUUGCGAACAGGUGGGGAUUUUCCCUGAUGCCUACGACUGCAGAAAGUUUCACCUCUGCUCACCACCUGAUGGUCUGCCUGAUGGUAGACCGGCAGACCACCGGACGGCGCUAUGUCCUAGACACUACGGCUAUGAUCCCAAGACUGCUCAGUGCUCGAUUCAACUCCAACACGGCCAAUGCAACCUGAAACCCGUUCCAAACUGCACUAAAGUUGGCCAAUUCGGAGUUUUGGAGAGCAGCCCAAACCACUACUAUGUUUGCAUUUCGAGGCACGGAACCUUGUACCCACAGAUAUUCAUCUGUCCCCACGGGUGGCACUUCUGGGACACCUUCUGUAGACCUGAAGAAGAAAUCAAGCGCGAGCAAGAAGCGAGGAUGGCUGAAAGUCUUGCCACUUCUACAACUGUCAAACCAGCGGCUUACAAAUUAGAUACGUUCUUCUCUACUGAGAAGGCGACAACUUAUGCGGCGGACACAUUCUUGGCUGACAAAUUCGAUUUGACAAAUUACGAAACUAUUGACGACUCGCAUUCAAAUUCAAACGAUGAGUUUAUCAACUCGUUUGAGAAUUCUUUCGAUCCUUGGUAAGGUUUCUUAAAAUAAUUAAAAACGAGAGCUUACAUAAGCCAGUAAUAUUAUAUUUUAUGAAUUUAAGCUAUGACUAAAAUAAAUUAAUUCGUACGGUUUACUAAUUAUAAUACAACGGUGAAUUUGCUAAUAUUAAUAGAACUAAUCUAGCUCCUUGACGGA